CAGUUAGAAAUACCAAGGGUUCACACAAAACGCAGUUGGGAUUUGAUGCUCGUCUUCUCUUGUAAACUGAUAUAAAUAUUCCAGCAUUUAUUGCUGAACUGUUGAAUGUGUGAUUGUUGUGGGAGGAGCUUCACUGAACAUGAUCAGCGGGACAGUGAUGAGGAGGAGGCCGCACAGAACGCGCUCCAGAGCCGAGAACACAAGCCGCUGAUGGGCGAGAGUUCAGCGGUGAUUCUGCUGCUCGGGUUCGGGUUUCUGCUGUGGAUUCUGGUUCUGAUCUCAGUCCAGCAGCUCAUCAGCAGCAGCCCGGGACACUUCAGCUCCGUCCUCGCCAGGAAGCAUCUGGAGCGGAUCACCAGCAUCUGGAGCCCAGAGAACGAGAUCACCACAGUCAGCUACCUGCUGGAUCAGAUCGAGCAGAUCCGGUCUGAGAGUGAAACCGGACCUCACUCCAUCACGGUGGACAUCCAGCGGCCCAGCGGCUGCUUCAGCAUCAGCUGCUACGACUGUGUGACCAACAUCGCCGUCAAACUCCAGCCAAAGACCAGCGCACAGCACAGAAAUGCUCGCGAACUGCCACUUUGA